GCGUCUCUAUUUAACAUGCUCCUCCUCGAUUGAGGCCAACUUUGCUAUACGAGGAAAAAGUUAGGUUGAAGUUGGCCGAACCUGCAGCUCAACAUGGCUACAUUCCUGUCUAGGGCAGUCGCUGCUCUUCUUCUACUCCUCCAAUUCGGCACUGUCUGUCGUCGAUCUCACUGGGUGGAUAUUUGGACGACCAUGCCGCAACUGGUCGAGCCCUACAAUCUGCCUCCCGCUCCAUACAACUCGUCGACCUCGGUUUUCAACAAUUCCACCAUCCGUCAAACUAUCCACGUCACGCUCGAUGCGGACAGCAUCCGCCUACGACUCUCAAAUGUCUUUGGGCUGAACGAUCUGGCAAUCACCAGCAUCGCCAUUGGCCUACCAGUCGAUCAAAAGACAGGGACAAGCGCUCUCCAGCCAGGGUCAAGCAAAAAGAUCCUCUUCAGCGGCAACGAAGAUAUCACCAUUCCGAAGGGAGCACUGGCGGUUUCAGAUCCCAUCGAUUUUCCUGUCACGGCGCAGUCGACUCUUCUGAUUGAUAUCUACCUCGCUCAAGGGCAGCAAGGCAAUGCCAUCACCGGACACCCGGGAAGUAGAACCACCUCCUGGCUGUCUUUUGGAAACUACGUCGGGGCGAACAAUCUGACCGAUCCAUCGGUGAUGAGCGUGGAUCACUGGUACUUCAUCAGCGCCGUCGAAGCGUCUCUACCUCCCUCCGCGCGCAGCUUCGCCAUCAUCGGCGACAGCAUCACCGACGGCAGGGGAAGCGACACCAACGGCAACAAUCGAUGGCCCGACCUCCUUCUCGCCCGCAUGCAAAAACACCGGUCAACCUCCUCCAUCGCCCUCCUCAACCAAGCCGCCGGCGGCAACCGCAUCCUCGCCGACGGGCUGGGCCCCAACGUCCUCAGCCGGCUCGACCGAGACGUCCUCGCGCACUCGGGCGUGCGCUACGCCAUGAUCUUCGAGGGGGUGAACGACAUCGGCGUGGCGAGCGCUGAUCCCGCGACCCAGAAGCGCAUCGGGGAUAGACUGCUCGUUGCGUUUAGGCAGAUCGCGACAAGGGUGCAUGCGGCUGGGAUUCCGAUCUUCGGGGCGACGAUCACGCCGUUUGGGACGCCGGUGGGGUCGAACUAUACGCAGCCGUACUCGAGUGAUGAGCGGGAGAAGACGAGGCAGCGGGUGAAUGAGUUUAUUCGGAGCAGUGGGGUUUUUGAUGCGGUGUUGGAUUUUGAUAAAACGCUUAGAGAUCCGAGGGCGCCGGGGGUGUUGGCCGAGGAGUUUUUGAUUGAUUUGAUUGGUAGGAGCGUGCUUGUUCAUUGA